AUGGGGAUCGCAUGGGGAAGCAACUCGAGCUACUGGCAGCAAGUGCAGCGCAAAGGCUCGGUAUUCCCUAGGGUUGCACAUCUGGCCGCUGUCAGUGAGUUUGAUCUGAUUGGCCGGUUUAGUUUACCGCUGCUGGUGCGAUCGUGUAGGUAUGAGCUGUGGUGGAAAGUGGCCCGGGAUCCGACCCUGGGGGAGUCCUGGAUGCCUCGGGAUGUGGUGUUUGAGUGGCCUGCUGCGCUGGUUACCAGCAAUGUGAAGGUUACAGGCGCGGGUUUGUCGGAAUCGGUGGAGGUUCAGCGGCGGGUGGUGUUUAAUGAUGCGACUUUGCCUGGGGCAGGGUGGACUGAGGUGGGGGUGGGGGUGGUGGUGCUUGGCCCGGGGACAAAAAGGGGAGGGUGUGGGGGGGAGUUGGUGGAGACGGAAUGGGAGGUGAGGUUGCACGAGGUGGAGUCGGGGAUGUGGAAGAGUGGCCUCUUGUUCCUUCCCCUGCUGCUUAACCCCCCCCGUUCGCCUCCCCUUGUUUCCCUUCCCUCUGAUCCGCCUUCGCAUGUUCUGCCUCCCCCCGUUCCACCCCCCCCUGCGUCCCCCCACCCACCCCCUCUGUUCCGCCUCGCCCUGCGUCUCUCCCCCCUUCUGUUCCGCCUCCCCCUGCGUCUCUCCCCCCCUCUGUUCCGCCUCCCCCUGUUCCACCUCCCCCAGAGAGGCCCAGCAAAGCAAGUGGACAGCGCAGCAUGGGCGGCACGGUUUCGGCAGCUAGCAGCAGGGGGUGGUGCAGUGGGGAAUGGUGCGGUGGAAAUGAGUGCGGUGGGGAGCGGUGCAGUGGGUGGAGCAGCAGAAGAGAUUGUGAUUAGAGAGAACUAUGGGAGGGAGGGCACGGAGCAGUUGCAAGUACUGGCGGAGCAAGCAGGGCUGUACUUCCAAACAUACGGCAAGGGCACUGGAACGGUAGCAGUGGCCAGCAGGGUGCCCCUUCCCAGCUAUCGGGCUGAUCUGGACGAUAAACACGGGCGGUCCGAGCGGCAGAUCACUGUCUCCUCUGAUCUUCACCAACACUCCUCCCCAGCUGUCCAGGCAAUGAUGGCUCAGAGGCAGCGACUACCAGCCUUCAAGCAGCGAGAGGAGCUGCUGCGAUCUGUGCAACAGAGCCAGGUCCUUGUGGUGUCUGGCGAGACUGGGUGCGGCAAGACCACCCAGCUUCCACAGUUCAUUCUAGAGAGUGAAAUCGAGGCAGGCAGGGGCGCACAGACCUUCAUCAUUUGCACCCAGCCCAGGCGGAUUUCAGCCACGUCGGUGGCGGCGAGGGUGGCGGUGGAGCGAGGCGAGGAGGUGGGGGGCAGCGUGGGGUAUCAGAUUCGGAUGGAGAGCAGACGAGGACCGAAUACAAGGCUGCUGUUCUGCACCACUGGCGUGCUGCUGAGACGACUGGUGCAACAACCAGACUUAGCCGGCGUCUCGCAUGUGAUGGUGGACGAGAUUCACGAGCGAGGCAUGAAUGAGGACUUUCUACUCAUUAUCUUGAGGGACUUGCUGCCUCGUCGCCCCGACCUGCGUCUCGUGCUCAUGAGUGCAACGAUCAAUGCGGAGUUAUUUUCAGAGUACUUCAAUAAAGCUCCCAUGGCACACAUUCCGGACGUGGACGUGUGGUCGCACUACUCUGCAUUCACCCGACCCACCCAGGAGUCCCUCGCUAACUUCUCACCAGACAAGCUAGACGUUGAUCUAGUGGCAUCUCUGGAUGUGGAUGUGUGGUCGCACUACUCUGCCUUCUCUCGCCCCACCCAAGAAUCCCUGGCCAACUUCUCACCAGACAAGCUAGACAUCGAUCUAGUGGCAUCAGUCGUGGAAUAUAUAUGCAGGAACGAGGCUGAAGGGGCCGUGCUGGUCUUUCUGACGGGCUGGGACGAGAUUUCGAAGCUGCUGGAAGCUCUGAAGGUGAUGCCUGUCGCCGGGCAGCCGUCGAAAGUUUUGCUCCUGCCCCUGCAUGGGUCGAUGCCGACGAUUCACCAGAAGGAGAUUUUCAACCGCCCGCCACCUGGAGUCAGGAAAGUGGUCCUGGCGACCAACAUAGCGGAGACGAGCAUCACGAUUGACGACGUCGUUUUCGUGGUCGACUGCGGAAAGGCCAAGGAAACUUCCUACGAUGCACUCAACAAACUAGCCUGCCUGCUCCCCUCCUGGAUUUCCAAGGCCUCGGCCCACCAGAGGAGGGGGCGGGCGGGGCGCGUGCAGCCGGGAAUCUGUUUCCACCUCUACCCGAAGGCGGUUUAUGAUUCGUUGCUGGAGUUUCAGCUGCCCGAGAUUCUGAGGACGCCGCUGCAGGAGCUGUGCUUGCAGAUCAAGCACCUGGGGCUGGGGCACGUGCAGUCGUUUCUGUCUAAAGCAAUGCAACCACCGGAACCUCUUGCAGUAAGUUUGUGGCCACAGGAGCUGUUGGCAGUGAGUGGGGGGAGUGUGUGUGCAGAUCAAGCAUCUUGGCUGGGGACAAGCAUCUUGGGGCACGUGCAGUCGCUUCUCUCCAAGGCAAUGCAACCACCAGAACCGCUGGCAGUCCAGAACGCAGUGCAAUUGUUGGAGACCAUUGGAGCAUUCACCCCUGACGAGCAACUCACCUCCCUGGGGUGUCACCUGGCUGCCAUUCCUGUGGAGCCGCGCAUUGGAAAGAUGCUCAUAUUCGGAGCCAUUUUCAACUGCCUCGCCCCAGCGCUCACCAUCGCGGCUUCUCUGGCCUAUCGGGACCCCUUUGUGCUGCCACUCGACAAGAAGGAAAUGGCAGACGCAGCCAAGAAGGAGUUCGCCAAGGACUCGAGGAGCGACCACAUAGCACUUCUCAACGCGUUUGAGGGGUGGCGAGCAGCCAAGAUGCAAGGGCAGGAGCGCAAUUAUUGCUGGGAUAACUUCCUCUCUGCUCCGGUGCUGCAGAUGGUGUCUGAUAUGCGAGGGCAGUUCCUGCAGCUGCUGAGUGACAUUGGGUUCUAUGACCCGAGACUGGGGCUCAAUGAGUACAGCCAGCUGGCAUCAGACCAAGAAAUGCUCUCUGCUGUGAUCUGUGCGGGCCUCUAUCCCUCUGUUGCUCAGAUUCGGCGGCAGGGCAAGCGGUUUGUGUUCUUCACAAAGGAGGACGGGCGGGUGGAGAUGCACCCUUCCUCAGUCAACGCCUUCUGCCCCUCCUUCUCCCGCCCCUGGCUUGUGUACAAUGAGAAAGUCAAGACCUCCGACAUCUUCCUCAGGGACUCCACCAUGGUCUCUGAUUUCGCGCUCCUCAUGUUCGGAGGCAACCUAGAACCUGCCCCGGCCCGUCGCACGGGCUUUGACAUGCUGGGGGGGUACCUGCACUUCGGUGCCUCUGCUCAAACUGCGAAAAUGGUGCAG